GUCAGAAAAUAAAUGUGGAGAGAGAGAAAAUGUAAAUGUAGAAAUGGGAGGCUGAAAUAGAAAUACUUGGACUGCAACAAACACAAACACAAACACACACAACUCAAACUCAACCCAAUAAGAAAUUAAAAGAAAGAAAUGGGGGAUUUGUAUGCAUUGGACUUCGAUGGUGUUCUUUGUGACAGUUGUGGAGAGAGUUCCGUUUCAGCUCUCAAGGCAGCUAAAGUGAGGUGGCCUGAGCUGUUUACAACCGUGGAUUCAUCCAUGGAAGACUGGAUUGUUGAUCAGAUGCACACAGUACGCCCUGUUGUGGAAACCGGAUAUGAGAAUUUGUUACUUGUGAGAUUGCUUGUGGAGAUUAAGAUUCCUUCAUUGCGCAAGUCAUCAGUGGCAGAAGGACUCACAAUUGAUGGAAUAUUGGAGAAUUGGUCAGGGUUAAAACCAAUAAUAAUGGAAGAAUGGAGUGAAAAUAGAGAGGACCUUGUGGAUCUGUUCGGAAAGGUUAGGGAUGAAUGGAUGGAGAAGGACUUGGCUACCUGGGUUGGAGCAAACAGGUUUUAUCCAGGUGUUCCGGAUGCAUUGAAAUUUGCGAGUUCCAAACUCUAUAUAGUUACCACAAAACAAGGCCGUUUUGCUGAUGCAUUACUGCGUGAACUUGCUGGAAUUACCAUACCUCCUGAAAGAAUAUAUGGCCUUGGAACUGGUCCAAAAGUAGAAGUGCUGAAGAUGCUUCAAAUGAAACCAGAAAACAAAGGCCUCACCCUACACUUCGUGGAAGAUCGACUAGCAACAUUGAAAAACGUCAUUAAAGAGCCUGAGCUAAACGGAUGGAACUUGUACUUAGGUGACUGGGGGUACAACACUCAGAAAGAGAGGGAGGAAGCUGAAACUUAUUCCAGGAUUCAUCUGCUCCAACUCUCUGAUUUCAGCAAAAAGUUGAAAUGAAGUUCUUUCAGAAGAUCAUCAUAUGGAGGGUCUCCUGGUCUUCGGAAAUAUCUUUCUCCCAUCUUAAUUUCAUACGCUUCCGACUGAUCCAGUACAAACUCUUUAAACUGAACACAGAACAAGACUAUGUAUCAGAUCAACAAAUGUAUGUGGUUUAAGUUAAAAUUUUGUUUAAGAUCUUGUUCAGGUGGUAUCGUGAAAAUCCUUUACAAGUAUACUGUGAUACCAGAAUCGUCCAAUGAAUACCAAAGUAUAUAAUUCAAAUGUUCAGUAGGAAUGAAACCAACCUCUAAAAUGUUUUGAGCA